UAUCAAUCAGAUUAUCAAUCAGAGCUUUGGACAUCAAUGUCCCUUCUCUCUUUAUAUAGGACUCUACUUCAAAUCUGUGCCCGUACAUGUUGGUACAUGUUCAGACGUGUUUGUUUAUCCGUUACGAGAAGUUUUUGUAGGAUUGCUUAGAUUGCUGAUGCAAUCAUUAGAUUUUGUGCUGCCCUACUACUACAUUUUUUUUUAUUCCACUUUUAUAUUUCAAUUUCACUUUAAUACUUACAAUUAGAUUUGUGUUUGUAUCGCUCCCUUUGUGCCAUUUUUUUUUUAAGAGGACAGGUAUACAAUUCUACAAAAAAGAAGAAAUAUCGGUUCUAUAUCACAAUUUCUCUAGAAAGCGCAAUAUAGUUUUAUCCAAGUAUUGACUAAAAGCUGUACUGAAUUAAAAUACUAUCUCAGUGAAGAGUAAUGACAGGAAGGUGAAAAGUCAAGUUUUCUUUUUUUUAUUUUUGUCAGUCCAAAUUCUUUCGUAACUCCAGUCAGCCAGGAUUUAAAAUGGAUCGAAAACGCCUGAUGACAGACACUGCCUUGUUUGGAACUCCAGAAAGACACUCACCUAAAUUGUCUAGAGUAGAAUUUAACUCAAUUUCUAAUAUUAGACUCAACACUACAAAUAUUCGCGAUUCAUAUGUGAGUUCUUCAGAAAAUGUUCCCAGGAUUAAGUCAAAACUUGAUGAAAAUGUUGGCAUUAACAAUGAUACUGUUUAUAAAAUGAAAGACUCUUCAUGUUUGACAAAGACACAUACAUCUACAUUGUACAAACAAGAAUCUGAUUCAACUACUGGUGCAAACUCCCACAAUACCAUAAAUACUAAUAUUUGCAACACACAUAUGAGAUAUUCAGAAAAGGUUCCCAUGAUUAACUCAGAACUUGAUAAGAACGCUGUUAACAGUGAUAAUAUAAGAAACGAAAGUAAUAUGUCUGCAUCAAGUAGUAAUAACACAUGCAGAUCAAAUGAUUACAUAUUGAAUUCGCCAUCAUUUAUUUCUUAUGAAAAAAUGUUAUUUAAAAGUGUACCAGAUACUAAUUUAAGACAUGGUCUUAUUAAGUGGGCUGUACAAUAUAAAAUUUCACAAGUUGCUCUAAUUUCAUUGCUUAAAAUAUUGAAGCAACAUUGUAUAUGUACGUCACUUUCGCGCGCACAGAUCAUAAAAAUACCACAGAAGCAAGAAAUAGCACCAGAACUGAUUAAUAAUCAGCAAUGUGAUCAAACCUUUGUCACUAAAAACAUCCAUUAUAGAAACAAUGAUAAUGACAAUAAUGAGAGUCCGCUCUCAACAAGUUUAAAUUUGAAUAAAAAAGAUUUACAAUGUAAAAAUUUAGCUAAUAUUGAAGAAGAGGACAGUGAUAAUGAACAUAAAAUUAAAAGACUAGAUUUCGAACAAAAAUCCGACAAUUUUCAAUGUUACGUCAUGCAGAAACUAAUAAGUUUAGAAAUACUUUUAAAUCGAUUUGAAAAUAAUAUGAACUCAUAUCAAAAGGCUAUUUUUCAAAAGCAUGGAAUUUUGGAUAUUGAGGUGGAAAACUUUGAUGAUAGUAUUUUCUUUGAUAAUUUGCCGUUGAAAGACGAUGAUGAUCUAAAAAUAAUGGAAGCGAUAUUAAAAAACGAUUCAGGGUAUCGAAAUCAAUUAAUUAAACAGUUGGUACGUAUAACAAGCAAGAAUUUAAGAACGUCUUGCUUACGAUUGAUAAGAACUUUGCUAUCAAACGAACUAGCAGUAAAGUACAGUUGGUGUGGAGCAAGAGGUAGAAAACGAGUUUUUUCACAAUUAGAGAUAUGCAAACUAAUUAUGAGUGUAAUCCGACAAACAAGAUUACACAAGAAUGCAACAAAUGAUGAAAUCGCAGAUCCCAUUAGAAUAUGGCUGGCUAGUGCAAAAUCACGCAUAGAGAAAAAAAAUCAAAAUGAAACAGAAGCUUCCUAAUGAUACUUCGUUAUUUUUUUUGCAAAUAUUUUAAAGGAGUACUAUACAUUUAUUUUUAUUUAAGUUUUGUGUUUUUGUUUUUUUCUUUUGAACUCUUGGACAAGAAGACUAAAUAUCUUUGAUCUCCUUUAAAAAUAUUGUUUAAUUUUCUUUUUUUUAUUUUGAGAGACUUAUUUGUCAUUGAAGCAAGAGUCUGAAAUCGCAUUACAAAAUAAUUUGCAAUGCCGAGAGAAUUUGAAACAUUGUAACUAAUUGAGAAGUUUGAGCUAUUUAAUUUCUUAAAAAUAUUUUAAUAUAGAAACAGAACCAACGCAAAGUGACAAGAGUAAUUCUUCACUCAAUACUUAUCAGUGCCAAAUAAACAACUGUUAAUUCUCUUUUCUAAUCCUCUGAUACAAGCAAAAGCAUAACAAAUAUUUUUAUAUAAACACUUUAUAUAUACUUUUAUACACGUAAUAAUGUAUUGUUGAA